AGAGAGGAGGGAGAGGGAGGAGGGUUCAGGUGUCAAGUUACCUGGAAUACUUCAGUUUUGUUUUGUUUUUUCAGCAGGGCUUGGUGAUUCAAAAACAGCUCUCUCUGAAUCCGCGGAGCGUCGAAACACAACGCCAAACACCAACACUUUUGAUUACAGCCUUGGGGUUUUUGAGAGGGGCAAGUCAGGCACCCUUCAAGCAGGAUUCAGUUACACUGCUGUAGAAAGACAAGGGGAGGGAGACAGUAAGAGAGAGAGAAGAGAGAGAAAGACUGAAUCAAACCAGGUUUUGUAGUUAAAGCCAGUGGACCAGGAAGGUGAGAGUAAAAGGACGAAGGACAUUAACAGGACAGUGUGUUUCUAGGGAGUUCCACCUCCAUUGAGGGAGGGCAGGUUUUACUCUGUGCUGCCUGUCAGAUGAGGUACAUCUGGGCCUUACUGAGAAAGACAACUACUACAUCAUGUGGACAAUCGCCCAGCUGCCAGAGGAAAGCACUAAACCAUUAAAUCCCAGGCAGGCAGUGGUCCCACGGCCAGGCCGCCACAGAAGGCCCAUGACGGCUCCAAAGACUCAGAAAGACAAGGCGUCUAAGAGGAAGAAAGUGUUGCUGACUGUCUUGACGAUUGUGGUGUUACUGGGUAUACUGGCCACAGCAGGAUACUUCAUUAAGCAGCUGAUUGUCAGCAAAUAUUUCUUCUGUGCACGCUCGGUAAAGUUCAUCCCAAUAGACAAAGCCUGUGAUGGGAAAGAUGACUGUGCCGGAGGAGAGGAUGAAAUUACUUGUAUGUCAAGCUUUACCGUCAACACUACCUUUCCAGUGCGUCUCAUGUCACCUCAGCACGUCCUGCAGGUGUACAGUCCUGGCCCAGGCUGGAGGAGUGUGUGCAGUGACGACUGGACCGAGAAGCACACGGAGACAGCAUGUAAUCAACUGGGAUACACAUAUAAACCUCAUAGCACCAGUGUUCGAGUGGACACUUUAAUAUCUUCCAUGAAAACUGGACCAUUCACAGCUGUCAGAACUGGGACUACGACCACACCCAUACAUCAGGCCACCAUGGACCGCAGUGUAUGCAGAUCCGGAUCUGUGAUAUCUUUGUCCUGUUCAGACUGUGGACAGGUGGGCUCUCAGGACCGUAUCGUCGGGGGUACAGAUGCUGUCAUCGAGGACUGGCCCUGGCAGGUCAGCUUGCAGCAGGGUGGCCAUCAUACCUGUGGAGGCUCACUGGUGUCACCGCGCUGGGUAGUCACUGCCGCCCACUGCUUUACAGGCAGCAGUAAAAAGGAGCUGAGUCGCUGGAGAGUGGUGUCAGGCCGAACAUACAUGGGCACAGUGGGAGGCUCCACUGUGGACAGAAUCAUAGUGAAUGGAGAGUACGAUCCAGCACGAAACGACUAUGACAUAGCACUGAUGAGACUCAGCAGCCCGAUCACCCUGGGAGUUGCACGUAAGCCAGUGUGUCUACCUCCUCGAGCCUUCGGCCUUGCUGCCGGAACCUCCAUGGUUGUGACUGGCUGGGGAUACCUGGAGGAAAACGGCAAGGUUUCUCCUUCACUUCAGAAGGCCAACAUCCUUCUGAUAGACCACGCUGUGUGUUCCGGCCCCACAGUAUAUGGCAAUGCCGUAACACAGAGGAUGAUCUGUGCUGGUUUCAUGGAGGGGAAAGUAGAUGCUUGUCAGGGGGACAGCGGGGGUCCCCUGGUAUACUUCACCUCGAUCUAGAUGGCAUCUGCUGGGUGUGGUGAGCUGGGGUGUUGGCUGUGCCCGGGAGAGAAGACCAGGUGUCUACUGCAAUGUGGAAGAGAUGCUCAACUGGAUUCAUACAGUCAUUGAG